UGAACUACGUGCAGCCGAGGUGUUGGAUAAUCAAUACUAACGUGUGUCGUCAGUCUGGACCAAAAAGUGAUAUUGAAAGAGCAUAUAUCCUCGAUCGACAACAUGAAAACUACGGCACAUAACUGCAUGCCCGGUAACGCCAAUUUAUUCGGUGAAGAUUCAAUCGAAGAAAUCGCUGAGUCAGUGGAUGAGCUAAGAGAGAAACUCGCGAAUAUGAAAAAACUUAUGGAACAGCGGAAAGGCACGACACUGGGCGAAAUUAGCGCCCGCAAGAGGAAGGAGACUUCCGACAUAAUAGAUGGCAAUUUUUUGUCCUGGAUUUUUGGAUCUGCCCUUAUAGUGAUCCUAAGUGUGAGCUUCUAUGCUUUCUACAAUCUUUUCCUCGCAGUAUUGAGGAAGUUUCCAUCUCAUCAUACAGAAUUGUAAAAAAGGACCUUCUCAUCUUUCUCGUCGAUGAACUGCUCAAGAUGGUUUUCUCAGACUACUAAAGAAGUAGUGGAGUUUUUACCGUUAAACGAAUUCUGUAAGGUUCCGAAAUAGGUGAUGGUUCAAAGGUCUCCGCUAAGUCAGAGGUGAAUAUACGCGGCGGAUGUGGCAGAAUACCCCAUUUUUAAUGGGGUUAAAUUUUACCCCAGGUUUAAGUCACAAUAGACUUUGACGAGUCUGCAGAGAGGUAUGAAGUCUGGCAUUGGUCCCGUGGAAACGUAACGGCUUUCCGAAUUACCAGUUCCGUAACGCUUCUCCUCGAUUGUUUCUUUUCAACGAUUCAACCGGACACAGCGAAUCGCUUCUUAAAAUAUAUCUCAAAAUAGAUUCUCAAGAUAGAAAUGUAAAUGAUUAAAUUUCUCUCGGACAAAUCGUGAAACAUCCAAAUUAAUCAUUGCGAUUUGUAUUUCUAAACGCCAGUUCAGAAUAGGUUGCAAACACCAAUUAUGAGUUGCGAAGAAUGGCAACUACUAAUUACAAAGUGUUAUUUUCGGUCGUAAGACAGUUGCGGUUGCUAAAAGAGAGUUGCCCAACUCUUAACUUCUUGGCGACGGUAACCGGCAAUCGCAACUGUCUUUUACAAUCGAAAAUAGCACUUUGUAACCAGCAGUUGACAUCCUUCACAACUCGCAACUGGGUGUUUGCAACCUAUUCUGGACCGGGGUUAAAUGUCUUAUAACGCUCAUACGGGAUGUCUCAAAAAUACCGGAACC